UGCGGCGCGGUCCCGGGCGAUGGCGCGGCGGCUGGGCAGAACUAGCUGGCUGCACGUACCCUGGCCGCUGCCGCCGCCCCCGCAGGGCCCCCUCGAGGCGGCGCGGGCAAUAGCCGCCUGGUCACCUGCCUCCAGGCCCAACAAUGAGGCGCCGCGCCCGGGGCCUCCCCGCGGAGACCCACCCCGCCACGCUGAGGGCCCUGGGGGCUGCCCAUUCCCCUGGGCCUCAGGGGAACCUCCAAAGGAAAUUGGAAAGACCCAAAUCUAGGUUUUCCUGGAAAAGAAAGGAUUCCAGAAUCUUCCUAUGUGGUCCAGUCUGCCUGUCCUGGGGAAGGGCUCUGCUGUGAUGCCCAGAGCAUUUGAGACCAGAGUGAGAGGAA